GCCUCCGCGCGCCUGGAAACGAGGGGAAGCGAGGAUGAAGAUGAGAGUGUGCCAAGGGGUUAGUGGUAUCAUCAUCAUUACCAUGGUUACCAGCUUCAUGGUGGUGUACAACAGCAGCUCUGGUGACAAAUCAUUGUUCGCAUUAUCAUCCUCAUCCUCAUUGUCUUCGCAUCAUUCGGAUGCUCCUGUUCCAGCCACAAAAGGACCAGACAGACCACAGAUGCUCCCAGCAUCAAGUCUGGAUGGGUACACAGGUGUUCUGGAUCUUAAGCCUCUGAAAAUGCACUGUGGGACCUGUGCCCUUGUGACCAGUUCAGGCCAGCUGAUUGGGAGCGAGAGGGGUGAAGAAAUCGACCGCUCUGAGUGUAUCAUCCGAAUGAACGACGCUCCCAGUGUACAGUAUCAGCCCGAUGUUGGGCGGCGAACGACUGUGCGAGUCAUAGCUCACUCCAGCUUACAGAGAGUGCUGCGUAACCGUCAGGAGCUAAUCAACGCCAGCCAGGAGACCGUGUUCAUCUUCUGGGGACCAAGCAUUGCCAUGAGACGCGAUGGAAGAGGUCAUGUUUACAACAACCUUCGGCUGUUGAAGCAGCUCCUCCCCAAACUCAAAGUCUACACAAUUACAAGGCUCAAGAUGCUGAAGUUGGAUGAAUUAUUCAAAAAGGAAACAGGGAUUGACAGGAAAGGUUCCAACUCCUGGUUAAGUACCGGCUGGUUCACCAUGGCAGUCGCCCUGGAGCUGUGUGACAGGAUCAGUGUGUAUGGCAUGGUGCCUCCUGAUUUCUGCAGAUCUUCCUCCCAUCGCACUGUACCAUAUCAUUACUAUGAGCCCUCAGGACCUGACGAGUGUUCCAUGUAUCUCUCCCAUGAGAGAAACCGACGAGGGAGCCACCACCGCUUUAACACGGAGAAGAUGGUGUUUGCAAAUUGGGCCCGAACCCAUGAUGUUCAUUUUUACCGGCCCAACUGGAAACCGACUGCUAUUGGCUCGAACAGCUCAUAUACUCUUAUUGGACCCUGA